UCUCUCUCUCUGUGAGUCAAGUCUUCUAUGUGAGCACUUCCAUGGAGUAGCAGCAUUUUCCCUCUCUGCUGUCCCUGUAGGAGACUGGAAACAAGGUGCCACGAAGGGGGAGGAUCAAUACCAUCCAGGUCUGGGGUUUUGGUACCUGGCUUCUUCAAAAUACUGGACCAAGCUCCCUGAGAGCAGGCAGCUGUUUGUGAGCAGUCAUGGGCCGGCCGGAGGGGUCGGCCAGGUCGAUGACCCUGUCCGUCCUGGCGCUCUCUGUCCUCUGCACCGGCGUGUCCAGCCUGCCACAGCCUCAGCCCAGAGUCUUCCUCUCCUUCGAAGACCUGCAAGCCUCUCAGUCCUUUGAACACUACAGUAUAUCCGACAAGGCCAUGGACUACAGGAUCCUGCAGAUGGACGAGGACCAGGACCGGAUGUAUGUGGGCUGCAAGGACCACGUCCUCUCCAUGGACAUCAACAACAUCACACAUGGCACGCUCAAGGUGUUUUGGCCGGCGUCUCCCAGUAAGAUCGAGGAAUGUCAAAUGGCAGGAAAGGAUCCGACGCACGGCUGCGGGAACUUCAUCCGCGUGGUGCAGCCGUACAACAGGACGCACGUGUUCAUGUGUGGAAGCGGCGCCUACAGUCCCGUCUGUGUUUACGUCAACAGGGGCCGCAGACCAGAGGAACAAGUUUUCCACAUCGAUUCCAAGACUGAAUCUGGAAAAGGGAGGUGCUCCUUCAACCCUCAAGUGAACACGGUCUCCGUCAUGCUCAACCAGGAGCUUUUCUCAGGCAUGUACAUCGACUUCAUGGGGACGGACGCCGCCAUCUUCAGGAGCCUGACCAAACGUAACGCGGUGCGCACGGACCAGCACAACUCCAAGUGGCUCAGUGAGCCGAUUUUCAUCGACGCCCACCUGAUCCCCGACGGGACCGACACCAACGACGCCAAGUUGUAUUUCUUCUUCCGCGAGAGGCUGACGGACAACAACGGGAACACGAAGAACAUCCACACCAUGGUGGCCAGAGUUUGUCCGAGUGACAUCGGAGGACAGCGGAGUCUGGUCAACAAGUGGACCACGUUCCUCAAAGCCAGGAUGGUGUGUUCGGUUCUGGAGGAGGACGGCACCGAGACGCACUUCGAUGAACUUGAAAACGUGUUUUUGCUGGAAACCGAUCAACCCAAGAGUCUGUUGGUGUUUGGAGUCUUCACGUCCACGAGCUCCGUGUUUAAAGGCUCGGCCGUGUGCGUGUACAACAUGGCCGACAUCCUCACCGUCUUCAACGGGCCCUUCGCUCAUCGAGAGGGGCCCAAUUUUCAGUGGGUGGCGUUCCAGGGACGCAUCCCUUACCCACGUCCUGGAACUUGCCCAGGUGGAGCUUUCACGCCGGACAUCCAGACGACGAAGGAGUUCCCGGACGACGUGGUGACGUUCGUGCGAAACCACCCGGUUAUGUUCAACCCCAUCUACCCGGUGGGGCGCAGACCUCUGGUGGUCCGGACCAACGCCGACUACAGAUACACGUCGGUGGCCGUGGACCAGGUCAUGGCCGCUGACGGCAAUUACCACGUCCUGUUCCUGGGCACAGACAAAGGUACAAUACAGAAGGUGAUCGUCCUGCCAAGCAAUCACUCCCUGCAUGAAGAUCUAAUCCUGGAGGAGCUGGAAGUGUUUAAGAACCAGGCUCCUGUUACAAACCUGAGAAUCUCCCCCAAAAAACAGCAGCUGUACGUCAGCUCGGAGUUCGGGGUGUCGCAGGUCUCCCUGCACCGCUGUCACGCGUACGGCGCCGCCUGCGCCGACUGCUGCCUCGCCCGCGACCCGUACUGUGCCUGGGACGGCCUCAGCUGCUCGCGCUUCUACCCCAGCAGCAAAAGGAGAAGCAGAAGACAGGACAUUAUGCACGGAAAUCCACUCACGCAGUGCAGAGGAUUCAAUCUUAAAGCCUACAGAAACGCAGUGGAGAUGACACAAUAUGGCGUGAAGAACAACACCACCUUCCUGGAGUGUCUUCCCAAGUCUCCCCAGGCCUCCAUUCGGUGGCUCAUUCAAAGAGACAACGACAGGAGGAAAGAGGUGAAGCUGAGUGACCGCGUCAUCUCCACGGCGCACGGCCUCCUGAUCCGCUCCGCUCAGCUCUCAGACCAGGGCCUGUACUACUGCCUGACCACGGAGAACGGCUUCAAACGCACCGUCGCCAAGAUCCGCCUGCGCGUGCUGAGCGAGGCCAUGGUGAGCGUGCUGACCGACAAGCAGCAGUCGCCCUGGGCCUGGGCCAGCUCUCUGCACCCGAAGGCCCUGUUGGCAGCCUUCAGUCCUGCAGAGAGCCUGGCUGUUCAGCAGUACUGCAAAGAGAGGAAGGAGCUCCAGAACCUGCAGCAGCGGCAGCAGCAGCAGCAGCAGCAGCCUCAGCCGCCCGGACCUCUCAGGGGGGACCUGGCCAAACUGAAGCCCCUGCUGGACCGGAGGAAGAGCCGCAACCGGCGCAAUCACCUCCCGGAGGUGUGACACGCGGGGUGUGGGGGGGUGGGGCUGGCAGCUACACAAACUGACAUUUGUCUGGUCCUGUAUCCUUCCAGGCAGAUUACAAAUCCUCAUCUCAACCUGCAGACGUACAGUCGGACGAGGACGCACAGGCAGGCACGAGCCACUGACGCGCUCACAAUGUAAACUCAAGUGUCCCUGUCCCUGUCCCCUGAGGACCACUAAUAAAUCCUGAUAAAACACGUUAAUCAGUAACUUUAGUAACGAUAUACUUGGCACAUUUUAAACAUCACACGAGAGUUUGGACUCAGCGGAGACACAUUCGUGUUUGACAGUGUUUCUCUGUGUUACAUUAGAUUCACUCACACAUGUUUUACAAAAUAAGUCUGAAUGAACCGUUGUGUUCAUAAGUAAAGUAAAAAAAAAGAAAGUUCAGUUUAAAGACCAAACUAAACCCGCGGCACUGUUUUUUAAACACAAACAGUGUUAAGAGACUGAGACGAAUGAAUCAGUGCUCUAUUUAUCUGUUACUCAUGUGUUACUCACGCGCACAUGAACCAGAAUGUCGCUCAAUAAUUCAGCUGAAGUUGUGUCUUUCUCUUUUUCCUGCACAGAAGCACGUUAACGGGAAUAAAAAGGGCAUUUUUGACGCGUCGUACAGUUACACAGAAGAAAAGAUUCAAUGACAAUGUCGACAACAACAAAGCUAACUGCUUCUUUGCUGAGCUAACAUCUGCUACGUUAGCUCAACAAAGAAACCUGAGCCGUUAGCUUACACAUUUACACAAUUACAAGAGGCUAAACUAGUUCAUACUCAAAAACAAUGCUUCAGUGUUUGACUUUGUAAUCACUAAGCAGAAUAAGUUCCUUUAGCUGAAGCUAGGCUAAGAAUAUGAACAUUAUAGCUAUGAAUGCUGGCUAAUUAGCUAAGUGUAUCCCCGCCCCCCAAAAUGUCACAUUAUUCCCUUAAUCUUUGCCUGGAUUAAAUGUAUGAAAAUGAAUUGUUUAGUUAUGUGUGGCAGUUUAACUGGGUUUUAGAUUUCAAAGAUCAGCGUGCAACAUCUUGAGCUAACGUUCCAGAUGUCAACAAAGAAACUUAAGCAGUUAGCUUAGCAUGGAAAUUAGAAGACUAAUUCCUUUAUCUGAAGCUAGGCUAAAAAUAGGAAGACUAUAGCUAUGAAUGCUGGCUAAUUAGCUAAGUAUAGCCUCCCCCAAAAUGUCACAUUACUCCCUUAAUCUUUGCCUGGAUUAAAGGAUUAAAUGUAUAAACCCAAACAGAUUUACACCGUUGAGUUUUUGCCGUCAGGUGAAUCAUGAAUGUUAGCGUAAUACGUAGAAAUGUCGCCUGCGAUGAUGCCGCUCACUUCUUUGGAUCCAGUUUUCUACAAUCUGCCCAGUAACGUAGUUCUAGUCCGUGCUAGCUCGUGAGAUAAACCAUUUGGUAUUAUGUGAAUACACUUAGUUCAUGUACAGUAGAUAAUUAUUUGUCGCUUGUGUACAGUUUUUUUUUGUUUGUUUGUUUCAUCCUGUUAAUUUAAUGUGCCUUUUUUUUCGUUUACCUUGUGUAUAUAAAUUCAAGAUAAUUUCACCAACUAACUUUUGACCGUAUCUGCAAGUUGUGGAGAUGAACACUGUUAUUUUCAUUUUUCAGAAAAUGCCCCACGGUUCAUAAAAACCACGUCAUGUUUAGCUCACAGUAACUUCAGUGUCAUUAAACAUUAUGUAUUUCUAUUUAUUAAUGCCAUUUUAGCCUGAAUAAAUAUGGUCGGAUAAGAAUGACUUUGAAUGAGA